UUGUGUUUGUUUAUCAAGACAAGUUGAGGUUGAGGUUAGGUUUGGUUGGCAAACACGUUGGUUUUAGUUUAAUGUUUUCUUGGUUUUAUUUAAGGCCUACUAUACUUACUUGGUUAUGUUGUUAAUGUAUUGAUGAUUGUUGUAAAUUGCGAUAUAUUGCAGAUUAUUUCAAUUCAUAGUUGAGCUUAGUAACUCAUAUUGUUAUUUUUCUUACAAGCUUUUUAAGUGUUGUUGCUAUGGGAAAGAAAGACAAGAAAAAGGGUAAAGGUGCCGAAAAAACUGCAGCAAAAACUGAUAAAAAGCUCUCUCAAAAGAUGAAGAAAGAAUUAGCAGUAAAAGGAGAAGACGAGAUAGAUAAAAUUAUUGCUCAAAUUAAUGAAGAAGAACGGAAACAAAAAGAAGUUGUCAUAAAAUCAGUCUCAUCUCCUUCUUGUAGAUCAAAUUUUUCAUUUACUGCACACCCUGAAAAAGAUGAACUCAUAUUGUUUGGUGGGGAAUAUUUCAAUGGUCAAAAGACUUUCUUGUACAACGAGAUGUUUAUAUACAAUAUCAACCGAGGAGAUUGGACGAUGCUGAAGGCCCCGGCUGGCCCCCCGCCACGAUGUUCACACCAAGCAGUGGCUCUGCCUAUUGGUGGAGGACAGUUGUGGGUGUACGGCGGAGAGUUCGCCAGUCCUACACAAUCACAGUUCUACCACUACCGUGAUCUCUGGGUGUUCCACUUCGCCACUCAUCUCUGGGAGCAGGUCAAUGCGCCUGGUGCUCCUUCUUCUCGAAGUGGUCAUCGUAUGAUCUGUGUCAAGAAACAGCUGUUUGUGUUUGGCGGUUUCCAUGACAACCUCAGGGAAUACAAGUACUUCAACGAUGUCUACAGUCUCAACUUGGAGACACGUACAUGGACGAAAAUAGAACCUGUUGGCACACCUCCUGCGCCAAGAUCUGCUUGUCAAAUGGUGGCGACUCCUGAUGGCAAAAUCCUAGUCUUUGGAGGCUACAGCAAAGUGAGAGUUAAGAAAGUUGAAGAUAAAGGAACAAUUCACAUGGAUGCCUUCUUAUUGGGACCUGACAAACAUGACUCGACUGGACAGAAGUGGAAAUGGAGUCAAGUGAAGCUUGGUGGAGCGAAGUACUCCCCUCGUUGUGGAGUAGCCCUAACUGGAGCACCAGGCAGUAAAGCUUACACGUUCGGAGGUGUGUUUGACGUUGAAAACGAUGAAGACGACGACAUCGAUAGUGAAUUCUACAAUGAUCUACACUGUCUAGACUUGGAGAAACUUGUCUUCAGGACAGUGGCCUUGUCUGGUAAGAAAGAAGGCUCCAAACCAAAGAGAAGGCGGAGAAAAGAAAACGACAAAGAGGAAGAAGGAGACGAGGAUGGUUCUGAAGGAGAAAUGGAAAUUGAAGAUAAACCAGUUGAAACACCAGAAGUGCAGAAGGUGUCAGACGACGGAGUGUUCACUAUGACAGUAGGUCCAGCCUUGACCUCCAGUGAUGCCAACACAUCAGCUGUUGCAGAAAACAGUGGUGCCACCCCGACACACCCUCGACCUCGGAUGAACUGUGGUCUGGCAGUCAAACAUGGCACCCUGUAUAUGUACGGAGGACUGUUUGAACAGGGAGAGCGAACUUUCACCCUCAGUGACCUUCAUGCUUUAGAUCUGCACAAGCUAGAUGAGUGGAGGACACUAGUUACAUGUGACGUUGCUUCUCAAGAGUGGCUCGCCUCAUCUUCAGAGUCGGAGGAGAGUUGCAGCGACGACGACGAUGACAGUGAAGAAGAUGAGGAGAUGGAUACAGACUGAGUGAUAACAUACGUGCUCCAUAGCAUGUAUUGUCUGUGUAUACAAGAUUACAAGAACAAUGGGAGAGCCAAAUCAAGAAUGGUACCACCUGGAAAUUAUAUCUUUUAUACAUUAAUUUGUUUUGUAAAUAAAACUUUCAUUUUCCUCAUGA